GCGGCGGGGCUCCAUCCCCAUCCAGCGCAGCCCGGACGCGCUGGCCGUGGACGCGGCGGGCGCCGUCACCGGGGGCGGCACUCUGCCGCGCGUCAACAGGCUCAGCCCGAACCGCUACGCCGGGGUGGGGUCGCCCGGGCGGCGCGUCGCCAAGCGGAAGAGCCCCGGCGCCGCGAGCCCGGAGUGCGCUGGCGGUCUCAAGGCGCUGUCGGCGGAGUCCCUGCGCUCCGUGAGCCCCGGCAGCGACUCGGUGUUCUACAGCGAGGGGGUGUGCCACCACUGCGGGCGGGAGGUCGCCGAGGGCGGCGCGGAGGAGGAGCAUGACGGGGAGGCGGAGGGGCCCCCCAUCCAGCCGCCCGCGGACUUCGCCGACUCUCCCAACGGCCACGGCGCGAGCGGGGGCGGCGGCGGCGCAGGCGGCGGCGGCGGCCGGUCCGCGAGGGGCGGCAGCCGCGGGGUGCCGGGCAGGCUCUACAAGAAGGCGGACCAGCGCUUCCGCUCCGAGGAGCGCGCUCUGGACAGGCGGGCGCACCGGCUGCACGGCGAGGGGGCGCGCGCGCGCAGCGAGGAGCGGCUGCAGGGGGAGCGGGAGCGACGCACAAGGUUCAGGCAGCACGCCCGCUCCACGGACGCCAGCAUGGACGACCUGGAGCAGCGCGCCUCCGGCUCCUCGACCAGCGUGGCCAUGCGCAGCCCGGACGGCGGCGAGGGCUCCGGGUCCGAGCCGGACGACGAGGACGGCCACGUGUACGCCGACUCGUUCCGCACGCACCACUGGAUCUUCAUCGGCGACUCGGAGGAGGCCAGGGUGUGGCAGCCGCCCGACGAGCGCGACCGCGGCGAACACCACGGCCAGGGCGACGCCGGGGCCGCGGGGGCGGGCGAGGCGGGCGCGGGCGGCCGGCGCGGCUCCACCGAGUCCACCAACUCGGAGCGCGACUUCCGGAACCGCUUCACCUACAUCACGCACCGGAUGGUUCACCGCAAGGUGGCGGGCGAGAUGUACCGGCGCCGCCUCGCCUCGGAACCCAUCGAGUGCGACAAGACGGUCAACGUGCGGCGCGGCUCGGGCGAGUUUGGCCUGCGCGUCCACGGCGCCCGGCCCGUGGUCGUCGCCUCCGUGGAGCCCGAGUCACCCGCGCUCAGCUCGGGGCUGGAGGUUGGCGACAUCCUCAUCAGCGUCAACGGCGUCAACGUGCUGGAGGCCCCGCACUCGGAGGUCAUCCGCAUCGCGCACGCAGGUUCGGAGCAGCUGCAGCUGGAGGUGGCGCGCACCUGCCACGUGCUCACGCCGACGGUGCGUGAGCCUGGGGCGCGCUCGCCGCUCUUCUCCGGCCACCUGUGGCGGCUCGGCUCCGGGGACACGCGCUGGCUGCGGCGGUGGGUCUGUCUUCGCAAGGACAACUCGCUGUACUACUACAAGACUGACGCGGAGACCGACCCGCUGGGCGCGCUGCAGCUGGCGGGCUACGCGGCCUCGCGCUGCCCGGACGCCGGCCCUCCCGCCGGGGCCGGGGGUGCGAGUGCCACCCGCCCGCACUGCUUCCGCCUCAGCCGCCACCGCGGCCCCACCGUCACCUUCGCCGCGGACAACGAGGAGGCCGCCAUGCGGUGGCUCGCCGUGCUCGGCCACGCCAUCGAGAGGAACAACCACGCCGAACAGUGGCUGGAGGCCAGCCGCUACAACCUCCGCCUCGCGCCCUCCGCUGUACUGCAUCCGGACUGCAUCGGCUACCUGGAGUGGCUGGACAGGCGCUGGAGAUCCUGGAGGAGGCGCUACUGCGUGUUGAAGGACGCCUGCAUCUUCUACUACCGUAGUGGUGGCGCCGACUCAGCCCUAGGUAUGGCGUGCCUCCACGGCUAUCGGCUGCUGUCCACCACCAUCGCCGGCCGGAGACACGUGUUUGAAAUGAUCCCGCCACUCGUCCACCAGCGCCACUUCUUCUUUAGUACGGAAACGGAAAUGGAUAAAAAGCGGUGGAUGUCAGCCAUGGAGUACUCAAUCCUCCGGUGGGUAAAAGUGGCGUGAUGGGUUCGGUGAAGCCGUCACUGUUCUUCCCUCUUGUAAUCACGGAGCGAACACUUUGCCAAAAAUUGAAGAGAUGCUCCCCCAAUCAUCGUUUCUUCCAUUCUCCUUAUAUGUACAUUUGUUUUAACCCCCCACAACAUUUGUUUCUUAUUAGAAUGUCGACUGCUACUUUGACAAGAUUUUUCACUUUGUAGUAGAUUAAAAGGCAACUAACAAAUUGAUUCGCCAUAUCGACCGAGCGAGAGUCUGAUUUACAUUAAGCAUGGAUUCCUAUAUUGGGUGUAAAGCCUUUAGACUGUAAGCAAAUUCUUAUGACUUUUUUAAAAAGUUUGAGAAGUAUUGCAUCAUCCAUGGGUAUUGUAUUGAAAUCAGAUGCCAUUAUGCGUGAUGUGGGAUGCCAAACCCCUACUGGUAAUGGCAGAAACGCACCAAAUUUAUCAUCAAGUUUGAAUUUGUUUUCUACUGAAUCUUAUUUCAUUAGAUAGCCAUGACAUAAAAAUAAAUGUAAGAAUUAAAAAUAGGGGCCAAUAUUGCAUAUACCAAGCUUGGAAGGCUCCUCCUAGGAAAUUGUACCCUUCAAAACAAGGCAAGAUGCCAGUAUGCAUAUUCCAGGAAAUAAUGACUGCCUUCGUGAGGUGACCAAGAAACUUAGAACACACCUAACGGUAAUAAUAUUACAAUUCCAAAAGGCACUAAGAAGCUCCUAACUGAAACACAUUUCUCAUCUCAGAUAACUGUUCAUUUAUUUUUAAGACCCGUCCUAGCCCGUCCGAAGCAAAGUCAUGUAUGUGUGUAUGAAUUGAAGAAAAUAACAAAUGAUGGCCAAAAAUGUAGGCUUAGAAAAAGAGUUUUAAUGUCUAGAUUCAGUUGAUUAGAACAAAUUUUCUUACCCUAAAACUCAUUUUCAAAAUUCCUAAUAUGAGAACAGAAAUCAACAAAGUAUCUCAUUGCUGGGUCAUUAUGGUUUGUGUGUAUAGGAAGAGACCUGCUACAUAUAUUCUUAAUCUGUUUGUAGAAGUGAUCUUUGCCUUGAGACUAGUCAAAUUGAGUCUGCUGUGGUAAUCUACACAGUAAAACAAUAUCAAACAUCAAGCGUUAAAAUUAUACAGCUACAGUCAAAAUUUUGUAUGUUUUGUUUUAAACUCCAUUUAACUGAAUGUAAUGAUGAGUAAUUAAUGUUGUCACAUCUGUCUUAAUUUUUCUGUGACAAUAUAAGUGAAUUUAAAAUUACCAGUUGAGAAAAUAUGUAUUUAUAGUAUUUAUAGAAUAAGGUUGUCUCUCACAUGAGGUGCUGCAUGGUCACGCUGGUCUCGUGAUUAAUAUAAGCCUGGCUUGAUUUAGCUAUACUGAUUCUGUAUGGCGGUUACUUAUCAUGUACAUAUUCAUUUUCUGAUGGUUUCUCUCCCAAUUCAAUACCAAUGGAGGCCUUAUAUCAAUGAAUUGAAAAUUAUUUUGUGUCCACUCUCCAUAUAUGUGGCUACAACAUUUGUGUUCUUAAAAACAUCAUUAAGCCCUCACUGUUCGUCAUUAAAAUAGAAUACAGCAAACUUUAUUAAUAUCUUUUUAAAUUAAAAGCGUUACUGUGAAAUGGAAAAUGUCAAACAUCUUAUUGUUUUAAUGGUAUUUUACUGUGCACUCAGGCAUAUUGAGAGCAGAGAUGAAUAUAAACAUAUUAUAAUUUUAAAUUUGAAUCAUACACAACUUCUUCUGUAAAUAAAUGUUGUUCAUGUUUAAAAUAUUUAUUUACUUUUUGUUAAUGUGUAAGAAGUGAAUAUUAGAUCUUAUACAAACCAACAGAACUGUAGGAAUGCACCUAAAACUGUAACAAGAACUGCCAUAUUUACUUUACUUUGACUGCCUUAAAUAUUUUCGGUCUUGAUGAUUCGAUUUGUGCUCAAUAUUUUAUCAUCUUUGAGAGGACAAUUAGUCACAGCCUUCAAAAGGCAAAGGAUCACUCAUUCAGAGACUGAAUUUUGUUCUUCUAUGUUUACAGUGUGUCAGCUCAAAUAUUCAAGCUAUAACCGUUCUGUUCAGAUAUACAAGGUUACACUACCACCCCUUUGUAACAAAUCAGAUAAAUUAAUAAACGUUACGACAGAAAUACACCUA